UCUCAUGUAUUAUUUAUUUUCUUACGAUGUGCUGAUAAUGUUGACACGAUUUAUAUUAUUCCAGUUGCCGAGAGAUCUUCUAUCUUUUGGGGCUGUUGGUUGUGCAAUGUUUACAAGAAAGCUGCAAAGUAGUAAAAAGAUUCCAUUGGGUUUGACUCCACUAGAAGACGUUAGUCAAUUAUCUCCCUUGGUUCUACGUAUUCUUGGGCAGAAUCCGGGCGCUUUUACGCUUCAAGGCACAAAUACUUAUUUAGUUGGAAAAGGAGCAAAGAAAAUUCUUAUUGAUGCUGGAGAGCCAAAUGUUAGUCAAUAUUUAAACAAUUUAAUUGAUUCAUUGAGUAAAAGUUCCAGCACUUUAGAAGCUAUUGUAGUGACACAUUGGCAUGCUGAUCACACUGGAGGUAUUGGACAGAUUCUUCGAUACUUAAAGAAAGACAUACCAAUCUACAAACUUCGUCGCACAGAUGGGCAACCAGAAUCAAAUGAGUUUAAUUUUACUUUUGUGGAGGAUGGUCAUGAACUUCAGGUUGAAGGGACAACUCUUCGUUUUCUUUCUACUCCUGGUCACACUUCCGAUCACACAGCUCUUUGUGGUGAUUGUGUACUCGGGGAAGGCUCAGCUAUUUUUGAAAAUUUAGAUGAUUAUAUGAAAAGUCUUCGAAAGCUUUUGGAUUUAGCACCGAAACGAAUAUAUCCAGGUCAUGGUCCUGUUGUGGAGGAUCCAAAACAAAAAAUUCUUGAAUAUAUUGAAAACAGAAAUAGACGAGAACAAGAAAUUUUGAAUGUAAUUUCAAAUGAUGGACCUGCUACAACUAUGCAGAUAACUAAUUCGAUUUAUACGAAUAUUCUUCCCUCUAGACGUUUAGGCGCUUUAUUAAAUGUUAGACACCAUUUAGUUAAACUUUUGGCUGAAGGAAAAAUUGAAGAUGUUGGGCCAUCAAUUGGUGGAUUGGGUUUUGGUCUUUACGUAAUAGCAGACGAAAAAAGGAAGGACAAAAACAAAUUGUGA